AAUGAAUAUCAUUAAAAUAAUUAUUGUAUAGAGGCCUCAUCAAUUUACAAAAACCAUGUGAUGAGAAACUAUUAAGAAGAUGAGUCGUCAACUAGCUCCUAAAACAAGUCACCAGGUCAAACCACAGCCAAACAAAGAACAAGAUUUGUACGAGCACGUUGAGAUGCAAGAACAACAAUCUCAUUACAUGACAAUCAAUCGCCCUAAAGUUGAGGCCAAAUCCCAACUAGCCGGUCAAAUCUCCACUAAAAUCAAGAGGUGGAAAUGUGUCGUGAUUGCACUAAUUGCUGUAUUUCUGGUCAUUGUUCUAGUUGUGUCUCUGGUGGCUGUCAUCAUGUACAGUCCUCUGAUCAGCGAUGGAGACACUGGGAAUCUAUUGUCGAGGAUUCAACAGUUGGAGGAAACAAACACUGUUAAAGAAUCCCAGAUAGCCAGCAUGCAGAACUUAAUACAGACCUCAACUUUGGUACAGAACAACAUUCGUCAAGAUUUGGACCGUCUCCGCACAAUCAACCUCUAUGAGGGCUGUAUCCAGGAGACCGGGACUUGUACGAUGUCAACAUCAUCAACGAGUACUUAUCGCACUUGUAACACUGGUAGUGUGACCAUCAAUCCUGGAGACACACAGUACUUCACAUCCAGCAUAGUGUGUGAUUUUUCCUAUACCAGCUACUUCACAUCAUCCACAUACUACAAGAGUGGAAAUAAUAUUUACUGCUUCUGUAAAGUUACUGCUCCCAGUAGUGAUGGUCACAGCUCAUUCUCUGUCUAUGAUUCUGUCUGCACACUGACUGUCACCAAGUGUCCUUAUACUAAAAACCUCCUCAACUAAACUGACUUCAACUAUUAUUGCUGAAAUGUACUAAACUGAGAUUGUGAAACAAUGCAUGAGUAGUUACGUGUAUACGCUGGUGUAUAUAAUGUUGUCUGUCACCCUAAUUAAUUGCUUGUAUACCUGAUUUUUGGAGUAUAUGAUGCGUUGUUGAAGUUUAC